AUGCAUUUUGCUGGGAAUGUCACGUGUGACAGCUACAAUGGGAAAGUUGUUUUAUCGUUAACAGAGUGUACAAACUUCACUUACGGAAAAGACUGCUGUGAAAACUGUUCGAUGCAUUUUGCUGGGAAUGUCACGUGUGACAGCUACAAUGGGAAAGUUGUUUUAUCGUUAACAGAGUGUACAAACUUCACUUACGGAAAAGACUGCUGUGAAAACUGUUCGAUGCAUUUUGCUGGGAAUGUCACGUGUGACAGCUACAAUGGGACUUGUCUAGAAGGUUGUAAGCUGGGAUAUACAGGGAAUCUGUGUAACACGUCAUGUGAUGUAGGCUAUAACGGUAGCAACUGUGAGUUUAAUUGUAGUAGUUGGUGUGUUAAAAACACCACAAAGAUCUGGUGUAACACGACUGACGGUCUCAGACUUAUCGUCUGUAGGGACGGAUUUAACUCAACAGCUUUAAAUUGUUGGUCAUUUUUUAAUACAAAUACUUCAGGACCAAUCUCGCCCACAAGUGACGACAAUCUAGCUGUCAUUAUUGCCCCUGUGGCCGUCAUUGUUGUUGUUGCCCUUGCUUUAUUUGUUGGAAUUUUCAUUUGGAGACAAAGACGUUUGAAGAAGAGGAAAACAACUGAGCUACCUUUUGAAAUACGUUAUACACCAACUCAAGAGACUCCUAAUAGAUCCACCCACAAGCCAGUAGCAGUGAUUGCAGCCUACUGUAACGACACCCCUGACUCAGACGACAGGUUCAUCCAAGUACCAAAACUCAACGACUACAUGCAAACACACAAUCGGGAAUUCUUCAUUGAGGAAUUCAAAAAAAUUCCACCACCACAGAAUGUGACAAUGCUUGAUGGUCAAAGUGAAGAAAAUAAACAUAAAAACAGAUACAAGAAUAUUUGUGCAUACGACCACUCACGCGUCCAUCUUGAAAUCAACACAAGAAAAAACGAAGGCGACUACAUCAAUGCUUCCUACAUCGAAGGCUACAACAACGAGGAGAAAUUCAUAGCCUCACAAGGACCAAAUGAUGUGGUCGUGAACGACUUCGUUCGAAUGUUGUGGGAACAAAAAGUUGAUAAAGUUGUGAUGUUGACUAAUUUGAUUGAAGAAGGAAUGGUGAAAUCUGUGAAAUACUGGUCAGAUAAAGGAAAAGCUACAUUUGGUGAUAUAAAAGUUGAGCUUUUAUCAAUAGACGUAUUUGCAGACUACACGAUUCGAAAGAUGGAACUUAAAAAGAAAAACAAACCGACCCACCAUUUCAACCAGUUCCACUUCACAUCGUGGCCAGACAAAGGUGUGCCUCUAACACCGUGGGGACUUGUGGACUUUGAACAGAGGGUGGCGUUAGGGAGUACAUCAAGGCCUAUUGUUGUCCACUGCAGGUUUACAUGA